AUGAAGCUCUCUGCUACUAACCUCCUCGUAUCCCUCGCGGCCACAGCUGCCGCAUUCAACGUCCCCAACCGCUUCGCCAACGGCGUCUAUGAAAUCACACUCAUGGAAAACACCGAAGGCAAAGUCGGCACCAUUGCCCAAUACGAAAUCAGCCCGUACCUCAACUACACGGCCAAAAUAGACGACACCAAGCUGCCCUUCCCCAAGGACAUCAUCGACUGUGCCGAGUACGGCGGCAUCCUGCAAGACUACCACAGCCCAACCGACGAUGUCAUUGCCAUGGAGAUGCUCUCCAACUGGUGCGAACUAUACAACCCGCGCAAGGGUGCCAUCGUGGUGGCCGUCUGGAACCAGAACAUCUGGUACUUGUGUAACUGGGACGUUCAACACAACAUGCCCAUGCUGGCCGUCCAGCACUGCAGCCGUAAGGAAAUCUACGAGGCCAAUAUCCUAAUCGACAAGGCAUGCCAGCGUAACAGGGCCGGCGAGCUGCACACCAAGGAAUGGCUGAAGCACUAUGGGCGUGGUGUGCGCAAGGGAUCUAUAUGUCUCAGCAUGGAGACGUGGGAUUAA